AUGCCAAACAGGCUCCGCUCUUCGUGGCCUUGGUGGUCGCUUUCUGCCUCAUUCCAAGUACCGUUUGAGCCAGUGCAAGUUGAAGGAGGGGACGUUGUUAUUUGCCUAUCACAGUAUGCUUCUGAUAUGCUUAUACUAUCAAGUUCCGUUCUCCGCCAGAUCCCUUGGUUCGAUGCUCGCCUGAGCUCGCGCUGGAACCCGGAUGACGUGGAAGAUUACGCGAACUUAAACACUGGUGAACAGAUGGAGAUAUGGCUAUAUGACCUGAAUUAUUGCGCAGAAGGCAAUUGCUGGUUGCUUGAUUACAAAUGGCUGCCGCGUAUCAACUGCCUUGCGUUCCCUUUCUGGUUUAUGGAAAGACAUCUCGAAGCGCCAAAGGUUCUACCUCUCCCUCGCUAUCAAGCUCAGGGUCUUCGACAUCUACGCCGAGGCGAUACGACACAUUGUGGGGUCGGACAGCCGAAGGAAAUUCCAUCUCCCGUAGUUGAGGCCUUUGGAGACGUUCGAGCGUUCAAGGGAUUGAUAUUCGAAAAGCGAGAAAGCCUCUACGAUCUUACCAGUCAUCUUCACAUUCAGCUUCGAGACAUCGGCAUAACUAAAAAGCAAGGGAGACUUUCGAGAUGGAAGGCCGUUCCAACUGUGAUCCCAUCCCUUGGACCGUGGACCGAGGAUCCAGACUUCGACCUGAAGUGGAUGGACACUGAGCACAUCGCCAGAUCUGUUUAUACCGAUUGGCUGUCUCACAACUUCAGUCAGAGCAGGCUGAGUUAUCAGAAUGUGUCAGAGCAUCACGAGUCUUUUAAGUCGACAUUCUCUCGCAUAGUCGAGGCAGACAACCAAAAGGACACGAAAAUGUUUACUGUGAGGAUCAAGUUCGAGGAUUUCGAAAGGGUUUCCCCAGAAGAAGGUCUAAAUUGGGCGCACGGGCUUCCAAUGCCGACUCCAAUCGAGCCGACGAUCGAUCAUGAUUUCCCUCCAAAAGCUCGCUACGACGAGAUCCCUUACUUCACGUAUGCUUAUGUCGACGAGGAAGAUACUCCAUGGUAUGGAAAGGCUCCUUGGAAGGAGGUCACGUGGCCUAAAAAGGGUGACUGGGAACCGGAGUCGCUGGAGUGGCUGGAAGCCAUGAGGAUAGAGCCAGUGUUCUCUGCAGAUUAUCUCUCCGGAUGCGAGCUCGAUCUGAUGUUUGGGUUGGAGGAUGACUAG